AUGCAGAAUACAAACCCUAUGGGCAAUCCAAACAUGCCUCCUGGAGGCUAUCCGCCCCCAAAUCAAGGACAAAUGCAGCCUGGCAUGGGUUAUUACGGCCAGCCAGGUCCGGCUCAAGGUCAGCAAGCUCAAAUGGGCAUGUCAGGCCAGCAAAUGAUGAUGGGGAGUGGCUCUUCUGGCAUGCCAAUGGGUUAUCAAGGUGGUGUGCCACCGAUGAUGCAGCAGCAACCUGUUCAACCGGCUCCACAACCUUCAAUGAUGCAGCAAGCCAUGUAUGGACCGCAAGGAGCUAUUGCCACAGCAUCUCGACCGUAUUCCGGAACCUCAGCUCCAGCUCCAGCAGCUUAUUCAACCAGCUCAGCUAUGCCAGUGGGAAUGGGAGGAGUACAAGGUCCGGGACCCCAAUCUUAUCCAGGUCAACCGCAGCCUGCUCAGCAGCAGACUUCUGUGGGUGGUUUUGCACCGCAGCAACAGCAGUCAGCGAGUGCAUCAACACAACAAAGUUAUCCCUACUCUCAUAGCGGCGCUCCAGCUGCCAAUUAUCCCAGUAGUUCCGGUCUCGGAACCUCUGCACAUCCAGGUGGCAGUGUUGGAGCUCACCCGAUUCCACAUCAAAGUGCACCUAAACCAGAUACGAAGAAACCUUUGAAUCCUCCUCCAUAUUCGCCACAAAUACUCGAACAUCUCGAUCAGUUCUCUGUCGGAACACUGACAGUAAUUGGUCGGGAGUUAGUAAGCGAGCUUACGACAAGAACUCAUAGCUUAUGCAUGUCACUCAAAGCAGUUUCUGAGAGAAAACCACCCGUUGCAGGUGAUCCGGAACAAUUGCUGGAGUACUGCCAGAUGCUAAUGGAUAAGCUAGUGGAAAUCAGAAUACGUAUAGAGAAGAAGGUCGGUAACAGACGACUAAAUACGACAGACUAUAUCAAGAGGAUGAGCGAUAUGACACCACCUGUCGACGAUGCUCCUGCAGAACUGAAGGAAAAGAGGCAACAGUUUGAGGAAAACAGGACAAAGCUCUGUACCUUGAACAAUGACUUGAAAAUGCUUGAUUGGAUGGCGAGCGUCACAGAUCCAAGUCUUUUGAAGAAAGUGGACAAGAUGGCUACAUCAUUGCGUGAAUGAGGCUCGUAUUUUAAAUUUCUAGUUUCUAUAAUGUAAUUGUCUUCGGUGUAUCUGUGAUCUCUAUAUGUUAUUACUGGAAUGAAUAUAUGAGGU